GGUUGAAAAGGUAAAGGAACGAAUCUCAUGUGACUUUCAAUUCUGAAUGAGAGUUAGUUACGGCGGGAGAAUUAGUUAUUCUUUUUGGAUAACAUUCUGAGUUCAUGUGACUUUCAAUUCUGAAUGAGAAUCUUCUACGCUACAUUAAAACCUCUAGUUCCGUUUGCUAAUUCUAAUCUAUUGCGUUUUCGAUGCUCUGUGACCUCUAAACCCGAAGCACCGCCGGUUAUGGAGGCGAAGGUAGUACUAACUCAGACUCAGCGAUACGCCGCUGGAGCGUUGUUCGCUCUGGCGCUUCACCAGACUCAGAUCCACCAGACUAAGCCGUUGAAUGCUUUGCUUCCUCUUGAGGAGGAGACGAUCAAUGACGGUGUCGGCAUAGGUCGGACCGUUUCGGUUUCGGACGAUCCCGGGCUUUGGAUCCACGAGAGUUCUGGUUUGCUUUAUCCUGUUCUCAGGUUUCUUGGAGUGGAGGACAAAUCAUGGAAGGGGCUGAAGGAAACUGCAGGAUCUUCAUCACAAGUUCGGCAUCAUGUAGGAGCGUUCUUGACCUUACUUAAGGAGGAGACAGCUGAGGUGGCUUCUGCUGAGAAAUCCGAGAAGGAAGUUGCUCUGACAAAAACUGUUGAUACCAUGGUUCGUAGUGAGGAAAGUGCCGAUGCUCAUUUAGUGGAUAGAAGUGAGAAUUAUGAAUAUGAAGCUAAAUGUCGUGAAAAAUUUUCCGAUACUGAAACUGAAAUAGCUUCUGAGGUCGCUGACAAGCCUUAUGAGGCCCCAAAGAGGACCGUUUCUGUGAUAUCAACUGAAAUAAAAGAUCCAACUGAAUCUAAACGCCUUGACGUGCCUGUUGAGGAGGGAAGGCGGCUCAGCUAUGAGAAGAAAAUAACAGUUCUUUAUGUAAUUUUGUCAGCCUGUGUGGCAGACAGUAGUGUAAGUGGCGAUAAAGUAAGGAACGGUUAUGAUGCUCGACACCGCGUUGCACUGAGGUUGCUGGCAACUUGGCUUGGGGUGGAAUGGCUAAAAGUGGAAGUUAUGGAGACGAUGGUUGCUUGUUCUUUCAUGGCUUCCUUAAAAGAGAGUGCUAAUGCAGAGAAGACAGAAGAUGCUGAUGGAGAGAAAAAAGAAAAUGAUGAUAUCUCAUGGGAAAACUGGAAGCGUGGAGGUCUAAUUGGUGCAGCUGCUUUAACAGGAGGAACUUUAAUGGCUAUCACCGGUGGUCUAGCUGCUCCUGCAAUUGCUCAGGGAUUGAGUGCUCUAGCUCCUAUCUUGGGUGGCAUUAUUCCUGCAAUAGGAGCAACUGGCUUCGCUGCUGCAGCAACUGCCGCAGGGUCUGUUACUGGUUCUGUUGCUGUUGCUGCAUCAUUUGGAGCUGCUGGAGCUGGACUAACCGGGACUAAAAUGGCUAGAAGAAUCGGCAACAUUGAAGAAUUUGAGUUCAAAGCAGUUGAAGGAACUUAUAACCAAGGACGGCUAGGAGUGGGAAUAGUGGUUUCAGGACUUGUGUUUGAGGAUGAAGAUUUUGUAAGGCCUUGGGAAGGCUACAAUGACCACUUGGAGAGGUAUGCACUGUGGUGGGAGUCUAAGAAUUUGGUUGCAUUGAGCACUGCAAUCCAAGACUGGCUUACUUCAAGAAUUGCCCUCGAGUUGAUGAAAGAAGGUGCCAUGCUGACCGUAUUAAACACACUUGUAGCAGCUUUUGCUAUGCCAGCAACCUUGGUUACUGCAUCUGAUCUUAUUGAUAGCAAAUGGGCGAUUGCAGCUGACAGAUCAGAUAAAGCUGGGAAGAUGCUCGCUGAAGUAUUGUUGAAGGGACUGCAAGGCAACAGGCCCGUGACUCUAAUAGGAUUCUCACUUGGGGGCAGAGUGGUUUUUAAAUGUCUGGAAUGUUUAGCUGAAGCAGAAGGGAACAACGCUGGUCUGGUAGAAAGGGUUGUCCUACUUGGAGCACCAGUGUCAAUUGAAGAUGAAAAUUGGGAAGAUGCCCGGAAGAUGGUGGCAGGGAGAUUUGUGAAUGCUUUUUCUACAAAUGAUUGGACACUAGGAGUUGCCUUCCGUGCAAGUUUGCUAUCUCAAGGUUUGGCUGGAAUUCAAGCUGUCAAUGUUCCUGGCAUCGAAAAUGUUGAUGUAACACAAUUUGUAGAAGGCCAUUCAUCCUAUCUUUGGAAGACAAAACAGAUCUUGGAGCUACUUGAACUUGAGUCUUACCACCCUGUUUUCAGAAAAGAAGACGCAGAAGAUAAAACACCGCAGGAACAAAACAGCUCGGCUGACGAAAAGAAAACAAAUUAGAACAGCUCGGCUGACACAGUUUUCGCCAUGUUCCCAUUACCAGUUCUGUCCCUUCUUCCUAGUUCUGUUCAGUGACGGAUCCAGGAUUCAGAACUCGGGCGGGCGUAAUUUUUUUU